UGCCCGUGAAAUGGCGCUGUCGUCGAUCCUUUUCUCUUGGAUACAUUUUGUUGAACAUGGGUAUCGACAUAAAUCACAAAUACGACCGAAAGGUUAGACGUACGGAACCCAAAAGUCAAGAUGUAUAUUUACGUCUUUUGGUCAAGUUGUACCGCUAUUUGGCUCGCCGUACAGGGGCCAAGUUCAACAAAAUCGUCCUAAAAAGGUUAUUCAUGAGCAAGAUUAACAGGCCUCCGAUUUCGUUGUCUAAAGUUGUGAGGCUUAUGAAGAAACCCGGCCGGGACGGACUUACUGCCGUCAUUGUAGGCACGGUUACGGACGACACUAGAAUCUACGAGGUGCCGAAAUUAUCGAUUUGCGCCUUAAGAGUGACCGAAAAGGCUCGGGCAAGGAUUCUGAAAGCUGGUGGGGAAGUAAUAACUUUCGAUCAGUUGGCUCUCAGGGCCCCUACUGGUUCGAAAACUGUUCUUCUGCAAGGCAGGAGAAACGCCAGAGAGGCGGUCAAGCACUUCGGUCCCGCUCCCGGUGUGCCGCACAGCCACACCAAGCCUUUGGUUAGAUCGAAGGGCCGUAAAUUCGAGCGUGCUCGCGGUCGCAGGCGCUCUUGCGGUUACAAGAAGUAGACCGUUUUUAUAUUUUUUAAUUAUAUGACAUAAUGGUUCAUAAUUAAAUCAAUAAAACCUUGAACACGCC